UUCACAGAGGCGGUCGUUCAGCACGGAAGUGGCCAAAAAAAUAGUGGCAGAAGAAGACUAGUAACGCAGAACCAUAAUAACGCGAUUUUUGUUGAAUGGCCGCUCUGUCUGUCUAUGUGUUUGUGUAAGAAGUUCGGCGGCGACGACGACGACGCGAAAUAGUGAAGCAUAAAGGCCAAGUGAAGAAAAUACUCGUACAUGAAACCCAAAACUACAACGUGCCGGGUUUUCUUUGUGUGUGUUGACUGUGGUUGUGUUUGUUUUUAGCCCUUCUAACUUUAUUUUUCGCUACCUGCCAAUUUGUUAACUUUAUUGUUCUUGCUGCUGGCGUGCCGUGAAUCCAAGCAACAACAACAUGCCGGAAUAGACGUAAAGAGUGAAACUUUCAUUUUCGACAGAAAGCGAUGUAUGGGACGUGAUAAGGCAGUAAAAAACACAAUCUUGGCUAUAAAGAGCACUGCAAACAAACUAAUUCCAAGGUGGAAUAAAAACAGGAGAGAAAAAUGACAAUUACGUACACAGGUGAAGUGGCCACUUGUCGCGGCUUUGGCUGUUUUCUUAAAUUGCUUCUCAGAUGGCGCGGAAGCAUUUACAAACUGGUCUGGCUAGAUCUUCUGGCCUUCUUGACCAUUUACUAUGCGAUCAAUAUGGUGUAUCGUUUCGGCCUCAACAGUGCGCAAAAAGAGACUUUUGAGGCCAUUGUGCAGUACUGUGAUAGUUACAGAGAACUCAUACCCCUGUCCUUCGUUCUGGGUUUCUAUGUUUCGAUUGUGAUGACCCGUUGGUGGAACCAGUACACCUCCAUUCCCUGGCCAGAUCCCAUUGCCGUGUUCGUCAGCUCGAUAAUCCAUGGUCAGGACGAACGAGGAAGGAUGAUGCGACGUACAGUGAUGCGAUAUGUGUGCCUUUGUUUGACAAUGGUCCUGGCGAACGUUUCCCCAAGGGUAAAGAAGCGCUUUCCUGGCCUCAGCAAUCUGGUGGAAGCGGGUCUGCUGAAUGAAAAUGAGAAGACCAUCAUCGAUACGAUGAACAAGGCCUUUCCCAGACCCUCGAAGCACUGGUUGCCCAUCGUUUGGGCAGCUAGUAUUAUAACCAGAGCCAGGAAAGAAGGUCGCAUUCGUGAUGACUUUGCAGUGAAGACCAUCAUUGAUGAACUGAAUAAAUUCCGCGGUCAAUGUGGACUCCUCAUCAGCUAUGAUACGAUAAGUGUUCCCUUGGUCUACACCCAAGUGGUAACCUUGGCGGUCUACUCCUAUUUCCUGACUUGCUGCAUGGGUCAGCAGUGGACCGAUGGAAAGGUGGUUGGAAAUACCACCUACCUCAACAAGGUGGAUCUAUACUUUCCGGUCUUCACAACGCUGCAGUUUUUCUUCUACAUGGGUUGGCUCAAGGUGGCCGAGUCACUAAUCAAUCCUUUUGGCGAGGAUGAUGAUGAUUUUGAGGUCAACUGGAUGGUGGAUCGCAACCUGCAAGUAUCGUAUUUGAUUGUCGACGAGAUGCACCACGAACAUCCGGAGCUGCUGAAGGAUCAAUACUGGGACGAGGUGUUCCCCAACGAGCUGCCUUACACUAUAGCCGCCGAGAGAUUCCGGGAGAAUCACCCGGAACCGUCCACUGCCAAGAUCGAGGUGCCGAAAAACGCCGCGAUGCCAUCGACAAUGUCAUCCGUGCGCAUCGAUGAAAUGGUUGGUAAUGCUAGUGGUGAUCCCGCCGUCGCCGCGGAUGCGAAGGCCCCGGGUCCGGGUCAAGCUCAAGAUCCGACUUCGACUACGGCUCCGGCUACGGAUGCCGGUGUCCAGUCGGUUACUUAUGACUUUCCUAAGGGCUCGCCAGAUGAGGAGGCUGACGAUGCCAGUGGCAUUCACUUCUCGGCUGGAAAUGGCAAAAUGCGAUUGGGUUCAUCGCCCUCGCUUGUCAGCGUUUCUGGAACUUUGUCCCGUGUGAAUACGGUGGCAUCGGCACUCAAGCGUUUUCUGAGUCGCGAUGACAGCAGGCCGGGAUCGGCCACGCCCAGUCAGGAUCAGCCCUACAAAUUCCCAGCGAGUGCCAGUUCAGCAAGUCUGUCUGGUGGAGUUGUGGGCUCGGCAACAUCGGCGGGAAAACCACCUGGAAGUCUGAGAAUCACACAGCAAGUCAUCGAGGAGGUGGAUGAACAGGCCACCAUCACAUCGAUGAGGGCCAAUGAACCGCGACCGAAUGUCAUGGACAUCUUUGCCCCAACCUCGACCUCGAAUGCUGCGAAUUCGGUGCCACUUCAGCCACCACCACCAGCUCAUUCGGAACCCGUGGAUAUACCAGCACGUCCUCCCUCUUACAAUCGCGCCCAGUCCCAGUACGAAUCCAGUUUAUUCCCACCCGGCGGAGUGGAUAGCCUGCUCAGUACUUCAGCUCCUGCGGGUGGAAGUCCGCUGCUGUUGUCCAAUGCCGCCACUGCUCCAAGUUCGCCGGUGGGCGAGAGCACCAAGUCCCUGUACGAUCCCCAAAAGGCCGCCAGCCGGGAAACGGAGAGGCCCGAUGCACCGCAGGUUUUCAGGUGGUUCGUCACGCCCGUGGAGAACAUGGACUUGAGGUUCUCCAACGAUGUGCUGGCCAAUGCGGCUGCGCAGCUCCAAGAAGAUGAGGGCGAUGAAUUUGAGAAGCUGAAAGCGGCUCGUGAGAAGGAGAAGCUGAUGCGCCAGCAGAAGACAUUGGCCAGGACAAUUAGCACCGCGCCGGGAAUGGAAGCCGCGGCUGUGCCGCUUGUCCCUGUGAUCCCAGUAAAUGUACCCCAGCCUCAACUGCCGCCAGCUGCAUCCAGUGCCGAUCUUCUGGGCAGCGGUGAACUUCUCCCCAGCUCGACGAUGAAGUCGGAGGACGCCGUCAAUGGCAGUUGAAGGACAUCUAGUAUUUUGUUUCAUACACUUACCUAGUUUAAGUCUAGUGCAUUAUUUAAUUUACCUAAGCUGCUAAGCUAAAUUACUUAUACUGUUAUACGUAUGUAUAUGCCGCAGAGUUACGGACACUUUAAGAAUGCUCAUAACGUCUAAAAGAGCUCGAGUGAUGAUGGACCUAAUUAACGCAGUUAAUAACACAAAUACUAAUAACAUAAGUAGAACGUUUUGAAUUUUACAAAUAUAAGUUACUUUGUAAAAGGCUCA